AUGCCCAAUGUCCUGUGGCAAACAGCCCAGCUGGUUAAUAUCGCAAAGUACGGUAUGAAGGUCAGAAGGGUGUUGUGGACCAGGAGGGCGUGCCUUUCGGGGAGAAGGGAUGGUGUCCGAAUCUUAUUAUGGAUCCUCAUGGUUUACCCAGUCGAACGACUCGUCAAGGAGUACAUCAUAUCAGGCGUCACAGGAGAGGCUCUCGAGUGUUACAUCUUCGUGGGACGGAUUCACUAUUGCCAGAAACUGGACCAUAUGGUUAUGGAUAAAAUCCAUGCUCGCUCUACUGGUCUCGUCAAUCAGCUCACUCGACAACCCACCGAAGGCCGAAUUAAGAACGCCUUUGAGCUUUCCAAUGACGCCUCCAAUGUAUUGCUAGGACGUCUUAUGCUUUCGAGUGAUGUCUUCACAGCUUACGUUUGUCGACGAUGCGGUUCUCUGUCUGAGAGUGCAAUGAGUGAGAACAUUGUGAACAUACGUGUGCCAUUCGCUUGCAAAUUGUUGUUCCAAGAAUUGCAAGCUAUGCACAUCUGCCCUAGGUUAAAAGUUGAGUCUAGAUGA